AUGUCCGUCCCAGGUGCAACACCGUUCAAAAUUGCUGUCCCGGAUGAUGCCUUGAAACAACUCAAGGCCAAGCUCGACCUUGCAACAUUUCCUGACGAACUCGAAGAUGUGGAGUGGGACUACGGCACCCCCCUCAAAGAUGUCAAACGGCUCGUGGAUAGGUGGCGUAAUGGCUACGACUGGCGCGAGCAUGAAGCUAAGUUGAAUGCCGAGCUUCCCCAAUUCACCAGGGAUAUCGAAGUCGAAGGACACGGGACGUUGAACGUCCAUUAUGUCCACCAGGAAAGCAGCAAUGAGAAAGCCAUUCCGUUGUUGUUCGUCCAUGGAUGGCCUGGCAGCUUCAUCGAAGUUCGAAAGAUAUUGCCGCUCUUAACCAAAGGAACAGAAGGGCCUAGCUUCCAUGUCGUAGCCGUAGGAUUGCCUGGUUACGGAUUUUCUGAGGCUCCCAAGAAGAAAGGAUUUAGUACCCCACAGUACGCGGAGGUUGGCCACAAGUUGAUGUUGUCUUUGGGUUAUAAUGAGUAUGUGACUCAAGGAGGCGACUGGGGUUCUCUCAUCACGCGUCAGAUAGCAAGUGAAUACGGCGGGAAAGCAUCCAAGGCAUGGCACACCAACAUGCCGAUGGCGUUGUCACCUCACCCACUGUAUCAACCGUUAAGCUACCUGCGAUACGCGCUAACCCCUUACAAGCCACAUGAGAAAGCUGGCUUGGAACGAUCCGCCAUGUUCUCUCUCAAGGGCCGCGGAUACUUUGCCAUUCAAUCCACGCGGCCGCAAACGCUAGGAUACGGUCUGGCUGAUUCCCCCGUUGCUCUCCUUGCCUGGAUAUACGAAAAAUUAGUGGGCUGGACCGAUAACUAUCCUUGGGAAGACGAUGAAGUUUUGACUUGGGUCUCUAUUUACCUAUUCUCUCGCGCCGGUCCGACCGCGUCUACCCGUAUCUACUACGAAGUUAUACAGAACAAGCAUUUCGGGGACAAACUCGUACCCAAGGUUCCAACUGGUUUCUCGUAUUUCCCUCAAGAAAUUGUGCGCAAUCCAAUUUCUUGGACUCGUGGCGCAGGCCACGUCGUGUACCAAAAGGAACACGACAAAGGGGGUCAUUUUGCCGCCCAUGAGCGGCCAGAUGACCUUGUAGGGGAUCUCCGAGAAAUGUUUGGGAAGAAGGGACCAUGCUUUGGUGUCGUACCUGGAAAGGAUGGGGAGCUCGAUGAUGGCACUUGGAGUUCACAAACCUGGCGUAGUCGCACAAAUUUGACGGAGCAGUUGAAAGUCGUAGCGAUACAACUCUUCACGGGCGAGAUACAUCGCGAUCCCACCUAUGUUAUCCAUCAAGUAUACAUUAAGGCCAUCCAACUUGCCGACAUGCUGAUGAUGUGCGACGAAACUCGAAUAAGUCGCCUCUACAUAUCCCAGGAGCUCGAGGUCCAGAGCGGAGGCAGCACCACGAAACUGGACGACGUGGUUUCCCGCGACAACGGUGUAACUGGUCCCACCUUGGGCGGUUGA